AUGGCAUUGCCAACAGAAAAGCAACCAAAAAAGGAUAAUGAUAAAAAAAAUGAAUCAAAUCGAAUAUUCGAAUGUCCCUUUAAAAUGCCUACCAGUUUGCCUUCGCCGAGUUCCAAUAAAAAAAGUUUUUCUCCAAGAUGUAGUAGUUCUCACCUUCAGUCAAGUCUCUUAGCGUCUUCAAAUGUAAGCUCAAAUGUUCGAUCAGAAUUAUUGAUUUCAAGUGCACGACCAUUUGAGGAAGUUGCCAUGGGAAUAAAUUACGAUGAACAACGUGAGCCGUACCCAAAACCGAAAGACAGUGUUUUGUCGAUGGCUACUAAAAACUGA